AGUAAAUAAAAUGCAACUUUUGUGUAACGGUUUGUGAAAAUGGAGGGAAAAUUAGAACGGAAUAGUAAAAUUGUGUAACGGUGUGGGACCCUUAGCAGGUUAAAAAAACAUUUGACGGAACCCCACAUGUACUUCCUUUCCUGAAAGAGGAGACCCACUGAACUUUAGAACCUUCCUCCUCUGAAAAAAAAAAUUUGAAAAGGUGAUGACCUUUUCCUCCAUUGUUGAACUCAAAAAAAGUGAAGAAAUGGAGGUUUGAAGAAAAAACAAAAUCUUAAUUUAUUCUCCCGUGGUACGUGAUGGAGUACCUUGAAACGACGGAGGAUGUGGAAAGGUACAACGGUGGUGAGUUUGGUCUGAGCAUUUGCGAAGCCAGUGAAAACGAUCUCGGUGAAGGAGUAGGAUGUGCGGCGGCGUUGGAGGCGCUUUUAAAUGAGGAGUAAACCAUCAUGGCCAAACCAUUCUUUUUGGAUGCGCCCUUGUUACCCGUGAGAAUGCUGAGACUUUUGAAUGGGUGUUCUCAAAUUGGCUUCAAUGCAUGGGCGACAAACCCCCUAUUGGUAUCCUAACUGACCAGGACCCGGCAAUGCGCAAAGCUCUAAAGAUUGUUAUGAAAGGAACAACCCACAGAUGGUGCAUUUGGCACAUCAUUAACAAGUUUGGAAAGAAGUUAGGCAAGCAUGAGAAGUACAAGGAGCUGAAGGAGGGGCUACAACAUGUGAUUUAUGAUAGUCUUGAUCCUGAUGAAUUUGAAGAACGAUGGCCUGAGGUUAUGAAGAAAUACAAGGUUGAAGAUGAUGAACGAUUGGAAGGAUUGUUUGAGGAACGUGGAAUGUGGGUUCUAGCCUAUGUGAAGCACUUGUUUUGGGCUGGGAUGAGGACGACGCAGAGAGUGGAAAGCAUUCACAGCUUCUUUGAUGGAUAUCUAAGCAAACACACGCUCCUGCAUGAAUUUGUUGAGCGGUAUGUAGAGGCUCUGGAGGUUAGAGCCACAAGUAAAAAAAAGGCUGAUGAUAACAAUGCCAGAUAUGUCAGGAAGACUUACAGUGACUUCCCAGCUGAGUUGAUCUUCCAAAAGAUCUACACUUAUGCAAAGUUCAAAGAAGUCCAGCGAGAAUGUACCCGGAGCUUAUAUGUUAGUCCCAUCGAAAAAAGUGUCUUGUCUGAGAGCAUCAUUGAGCAUGUGGUUGAGGAUAGAAUUUGGUACAAGCCGAAACACUCUUCGAAGGAGAAACCUUCUAAGAGGAAGAGGAGAUACAAGAUCAGCUUAGAUUGUGUUUUUAAGGAAGCUUGUUGCGAAUGCAAGCACUUUGAGUGCCACGGUAUUAUUUGUCGUCACAUCAUUAAGGUUUACGAGCUUAACGAUCAUUACGAAAUACCUGAAAAAUUUAUUCUGAGGCGUUGGAGGAAAGAUGUGAUAAGGAAGCACACUAGGGUUAAGGUUGCAUACCACGAUCCAAACAAGACCGAAGAGGUGUGCAGGUUUGACAAAAUGAUGGUGAAGUUUAGUUCACUUACUUCAAAGGCCUGUGUUUAUAAAACCACAACUGAUCUUGUCAUGGCAACCCUCCAGUUACUAGAAAUUCAAUUGGAUGAAAAACUUUCAAUGAUGAAUGUUACAAACGCAGAAAGAGAAGGUAGAGGUGAGAAGGGAACUCCAAUUACCCCAUCCACACAGAGACAAGGUAGCUGCUCUGAGGACCCGAAGGAUCCUCCAAUGCCGAAGAGGCCUGCUCACAGAACAACUGAUGUGAGGUUCCCUUCCUGUGUUGAGAAGUCUAAAAAAGGGGCUAAGACAAACAACAAAGGUUCACAAAAAUCCGCAAUGGUGCAACACGAAUCACAACGUACAACUUCGAAUGUUACACCCUCAUAUUCUCAGUUGCCUCCACAACACGGAUUUAUGUUUCCGUAUAGCCCGCAGUCUAUAGGAGGCAUCCAGAUGGUGGAUGCUGACGGAUCAAUAGGGUAUUUUACUGGUGUCUCAGGCGCGAAUACCCCCAAAACUCCUACAGCCAACUUGUCUGGAACUGAUGGCCAAUCUAUUUACCAUCAUCACUAUAGACCACUCAUUCCUUGUGCACAAACAUUGGCCUCCCCUAGUACCCCUAAGUCUGCAUCACCACUCGGAGGUGCUUCUUCUUCUGGAAAAUACAGACCCAUUGCUCCUAAACCGAUGUAUAUACCCAUUGCUCCUUAUCAUCACCGAUAUUUCCAUCCUUACCACAAUCCCCAGUACAAUCCCCAGUACAGUCAUCCAAACCAACAUCCUAAUGGUCAUCAUGAACAUCCUACUGGUACUACGGGUACUAACCAACACUGCAAUGGUGCUACUGGUACUAACCAACACUGCAACGGUCCAUCAGCCACUACCCCAGCAAAUUCUGCACAAUAGCUAGAGAUUCCAGUACCUGAAGCUGUAAUAUAUUCUGAUCUUCCUUAGUAUAAUUUUUUGUAAUCGUGGGUGGAUCACUUCUUUAGUGAUGUAAUGGAGUGCUCUUUAACAUAUUGCAUGUAUUUAGUAAUUACCAUUACAAUUAAUUCGUACUUAAACUUAUCUUAGAAAUUGUGUUAAAUUAAGGAUAUCAC